AGGGCCAGACAGGAGACGCGAGAAGAAGACGGGUGUGGAGAAGAAGAGAGAUCGAAAGACGAAAGGAGAGAGGACAAGAGUGCGACAAGAGAAGAGAGCGAAGACCGAGGAGAAGAGGAAGAAGAGAGGAGGCUAAGGAGAAGAUUUGAAGGCGCGAGAGAUCGAGCAAAAAAAGAUGGAGAGGCAGAAAGAUGAAGAAGAAGAUAGAUGGAGAAGAGAAGAUAGAUGGAGAAGAGAAGAAAGGUGGAGGAGAGAACAAGAGUCGGACGGAGACGCUUCUUGAGUCCGCGGGGAGAGGUGUAGGGAAGGGUCACUCUCUUUUAUCCGAGGAGGUCGAGACAGUCGAAUGCGAGUCGACGAGAAAAAUCAUGAGACAAGCAAAGCAAGGACAAGAGAGAGAUCCUUGAAACAUGAAGAAAAGCGAAGACGGUCACACGUUCGCCUGAGACGAACGCGAGUCCGGCGCGCGCGGCAGAGAGCCCCCUUCUUGUUGACCGACGGACAAAGUCUCCCCUGUGACAGCAAGGCGCGGCCUCUGCGUCUUCACAUUUGUUUUGUCUGCGACUUUCCAAGUUCUUCUCCUCAGUUCGCCUUCUCUCAGGUCCACUCUUUCCGCGACUGCUCGGCGUCUUUUUUGCUCUCUGUGCCGAAGCGAUUCUUCGCCGCGUGUGUCUCCGACGGUGUCUCCUUGCAGAAUCGACGCGAGGAAGCGAGCAGCGGACGGCGCAGCGAGACACAGUCUCUGGGGACGAGGAGGCAGUUGCGUCGAAAGCUGAAUUCUGAGAAGAUUUCGCAAAGCGAGAGCGAGAGACACACACAGGAGUGACGGCGCGCGCAAGAACAAGACACUGGCGGUGAUGUACCCAGGCGCGCUCUUCGCGGACGCUGUCUCUGCGCAUGCAGUUGAGGAAGUCUCUUCUCUCAUGGCCCGUGAACGGAAAGAGAAAAGGCGAAAAAAGCCGCGCAAGGCGAACAGCAGAGAAGGAAGAAAAUGCAGAAGGUCUGAAGGCUCUAGGCUCCGUUUGUGCGCGUUUUCUUCCCCUCCGAGUGCACUCUCACCUUCGCCGAAACGUUCCCAGCUGCCUUCUCCGAGCCGAGACUCCUCCGGUGGAAACGCGAGAAAACGCCGGGGGGCUUGCCCGAGAAAAAGAGGACACAACAGAAGACAAGGCAUUCGAGAAAUGCAUCUCUUCCCCUCUCUCUCCUCUUCUCCACGGCCCUCGCGGAGUUUCCAAGUUCUUCGACGACGCGGGCAAUGAAAGACUGAAGAAGCGAAGCAGACUUGAAGCGAGGAAGACGAGCAACAAAAGGAAUACCACGACUUAAAGAGAAGAAAAGAAGAAGAGAAGAAAUCAAAGAGAAGAAGAACUGGCCUUCUCUGUUCCAUCUUCUCCCCAGUUUUCAUCGGGGAAACGCUUCGGUUUCGUCGACUUCCCGCGAGCGCCUCGACUCCCCGCAGAGUGUCAAGACUCUCGGACGAACGGCUUGCGAUGCUUUCUGUCAAAUUACACCUCGGGAGAAAAGGCGAGAGAACAAAAGCGAAAACAAGAGGGAGGACAGGAGAAGGAGAAGAUUGCGGCUUGUAGUGUUUGUUAAGGCAAAUAGGACCCUGUUUCUCUGUCUCCGGCCCUGCUUCUGAUUCAAGAUUCAACUCUUAAUCUCACUGGCGUCUGUCCCUCCACUUCUUUGUGCCUUUUCCUCCAGCUGUUAUCUCUUCUCUCAUUUCUCAUCUUUCGUUUGUCUAUGCAAGACUCGUGAUCUGCCAGCCUUCAAGUGUUUUUCGUCUUCCAGUCCCUGCAUUUGCGCCUUCCUUCUUUCUUUCGACGUUCCACGUUUCCUUCUCCUCCUUCUCCCUAGCUUUUCUUCUCUCUCUUCUCUCUCUUUUCUCUCUUCUCUCUCUUUUCUCCUUUUUUUCUCCUUUUUUCCCUCGCUUUUCUCGUCUCUGCGGGGUAUUCUGACUUCCCCGUUUUGCGUCCCCUUCUCUGUAGCUAUGCCGGCGUCUUCGCUUGGAGACCUCCCGUACCUGCUUCGGCAGCGGUUCGAGGCUCUGCGUCACGGCUACGCGAACUCUUCUCUCUUUACGAAGAAUGCAACUUUCGUUGUUCUUGGCGCAGUCGCCGGCUACUUCGUAGGAAAGGCAGAACGACAAAGACGCCUUGCUGAAGGAGAUUUAAACCGAAACGUCCACGUCACCUUCUACACUCUUCCCCACACUCCGUCCCUCUCUUCUUCUGCGCCUUCCUCUUCCUCUUCUUCUUCUCCUUCUUCUUCUCCUCCUUCGUCUUCUUCUCCUUCUUCUUCUUCAGUAGGGAGCGAGGAGAAGGUCCAAGAGUGGAGGCAAGCGCGCAAGGCAUUCGAGCAAGAGUGGAACAGGGGAGCUCGUGCGGUGCAGCGUUUGCCGGGAUACUCGUGGACGCAGAUUUACCGUCUCUCUCCGCAGCAGCCUCAGGUCUUCCCUUUCGUCUCUCCGGGACCUCGAGCGACGGAGAGACGCGGCGUCUUGGGAGACGCUUCUGCUCCGCGCGCGGCGGAGGAAAGAACGAAGGGACGCCCGUCGGGAGGCCGCGAAGAAGGCGCAGAGACCGAGCAGAGGGGCAGAGAAGGAGCGCCGCACCCGCCAGACUACAUUCAGCUGCGACAGUGGUUCGGAGACGCGAGCGAGCGCGAGAAAGAACGCGCCAGAGACGCGAGCGAUGUAGCGGCGAUGUGCGUGGAAGCGGAGAAGGCAGAGUACGAGAUCGUCGUGGAUGAUUCGCUUGUUCGGAUCAUUCAGUGAAGGAGAGCAGACGGAGAACGAAGGAGCAGAAGAUGGCGAAGGAAAGAAGGGGGGACUGGAGCAGCGCGGACAAAAGGAGUGAUGGAGUCCGCGCGAGAAGGAACGAGUGGAAGAGGAAAGAAAAGGCAGAAGAAAGAAGAAAGAAAAGGAGAGGGUAUGGAAGAGAAAGAUUGUGCUUUUUUCGGUGACUCAACGGAGCUAUGAACAGAAGAGAAACGGGAACUAUCGAGAAGCAGAGAAAUCCGGAGAGGCGAGGAAGCCGAAGGUGCGGUGGGCCGUCCUGUCACUCUUCACUUGCGACUUCCCCCUCACUUUUCCUCUGGUGAAAUCUCUCCUUUCCACGCAGGUGCCUCUGACCAUCUCUCCCUUUUGUCGCGUUCCCCAUCAGAAACAAACUACUUUUUCGCGCCUGCUCGGAUUGUUGACUGUUGG